AUUCCAGGAGACAAUGAAACUUUCCCCCCACUAGAAAACCAGAACUAAGACCAGUUACAAACAUUGUUCCUAGCUACCCAAAAUGGCAGUUUCUGUGUCCAAAAAGAAAUCAAAACAAUCCAAAAAGGUAGAAGCACGAGAAAUUUGCUUCUCUUAUUCAAUUUUGAUCAACUUUUUUUAUCGAAUCCCAGCUGCUGUCUUCCUCCUAAUCCUUAUCUUCCUUUGGUCUUCCUCCACCACCAUUAUAUCAGGGAAAAUCAUUCAUGUCUGCGUCUCAUCUCGGAAGCUCAACAACCUCUAUUGCCUCUCUGCAGGGACCCAGCCAAAUUUUGAUAUCCCUAUUCCAGUAAUCAAUAAUAAUGCCAUUAGUCCUAGCAUCAACGGGGAUAUAAAAGAGAUUCUUAAUGUUGUUCGGGAUGAUCUGAAUCCUGAGAUAGAAAAAAAAGUCAAUGCAGACAGAAAAGAGGAGGUUGCAAAUGCUGUGCAGGCUGUCAAUGUUGUUUUGAAUGAACAAAUUCCAAAUGCUGAAAACCGAGCUGACAGAGACGAAAAUGAGGCUGCAAAUGCAGUGGAGGUUCUGAAAACUGCUCAGAACAACCCAAAUCCAGAUAUUAGAGAAGUAGAAAAAGGCAGAGAGGAGGAGGUUGCACAUGCUAAGAAGGCUGUGGAGGAACAGUUGCAACUUCAUCGAUCAUGGAAGUCAAGUAAGAAUCAUCCGGUGUGUGAUGGGAGGGGAAUAUAUGUCUAUGAUUUGCCAUCAAAGUUCAAUACUGACUUGGUUGGUCAGUGUCAUGAUUUGGUUCCAUGGGCAGAUUUUUGUGAGUAUUUCAAUAAUGAUGCAUUGGGCCUGCCAAUACCAAAGCUUGGAAAAGGAUGGUAUCAGACUCAUCAGUACUCACUGGAGCCAAUAUUUCAUACGAGGGUCUUGAAGCACCCAUGCAGGGUUUAUAAUGAGAAUGAAGCCAAGCUUUUUUAUGUCCCAUUUUAUGGUGGUUUAGACAUUUUGAGAUGGCAUUUCAAAAAUGUAUCCAAUGAUGUCAAGGAUACCUUAUCAUUGGAACUCAUAAAGUGGCUGGAAAAGCAGCAGCCUUGGGUUCGGAAUGCUGGUAAGGAUCAUGUCUUUGUGUUGGGGAAGAUAUCAUGGGAUUUUAGGAGAAAUGACAAUUCUCCAUGGGGGACUAGAUUUUUAGAGCUUAGUCAAAUGCAAAACCCCAUAAAGCUCUUGAUCGAACGCCAACCAUGGCAUGUAAACGACAUUGGAAUUCCACACCCGACCUUCUUCCACCCUCAUUCAGAUGAUGACAUUAUCUCAUGGCAAUUGAAGAUUAUCAGUUCGAGUCGAAAUAGUCUUGUGAGCUUUGCUGGGGCACCACGGCCCGAUCAACCGGACAACAUAAGGUCAAUAUUAAUCAACCAGUGCAACUCUGCAGAGAAUGGAAUGUGCAGUUUUAUGAAUUGCAGUUCAGGAGGGUGUGAUCAGCCUGAGUCAGUUAUUGAGCUCUUCAAAGAGUCUGAAUUCUGCUUGCAGCCUCCAGGGGAUAGCCCUACAAGAAAAUCAGUAUUUGAUUCUAUAGUGUCUGGUUGCAUUCCUGUAUUUUUCUGUCCUUUCACAGCUUACUACCAGUAUCCAUGGCAUUUGUCUGCUGAUCAUGGUAAAUAUUCUGUGUUCAUAGACCAAGAAGAGGUGAAGCAGAGGAAGGUGAAUGUGGUGGAGAGGUUGAUGAAGAUUUCUCCAAGGGAGAGGGAGGAUAUGAGGAGCUUUAUAAUAUAUGAAGUACUACCUGGGUUGGUAUAUGGGGAUUCAAAUUCACAGCUUGAGAAGUUUCAAGAUGCAUUUUCCAUAGCUAUGAAUAAUUUGCUUGAGAGAGUAACCAGAAUGGAAUCAAAUGCACAGUAGGGGUUGCUGUUGUUCUAUAUUUUGGUUCUAGAUUUUUUCCCACUUAUAUGCAAAGUAUAGUGUUAGUGGGGACAGUUUCGUAUUUGUCUUAUUACAAACUGUAACUUUAACUUUUUUUUUUAAAUUCGAUAUAAAGUCGGCAAUCAUGACAACAUUUUAUUGUUUGCCGACUAUCUGUUUAUCUUCAUUCCAUCCAAGCCUUUCAAAGUUGUGAUGCU